AUGGCGGCCGAGUCGCAGUGCCUGGAGGAGGGCGCCGGGCUGUGGCCGCCGCGCCCGCCCGCGCCCUACAGCGAGGCUCAGCGGCUGGCGCUGGAGGCGCUCGUGGCGGGCGGCCCCGCGGCGCUGCGCGCCUUCCUGCGGCGGGAGCGGCUGCCGCCCUUCCUGUCGGAGGCCGAGGCGCGGGCCCUGGCGCGCCGCGCGCUGCCGCCCGCUGCCGCCGAGGAGCGCGCGGCAGAGACGGCGCUCGGCGCCUCGCUCGACGCCUCCUCGCUCACCUACUUCCCCGAGCGCUCGGACACGGAGCCGCCCGCACUCGAGCUGGGCUGGCCGCGCUUCGCGAGCGGCGCCUUCCGCGGGCUCACGCGCGCCGAGGCGCAUUUCCAGCCGGGCUGCGGCGAGCGCCGCUACGGCUGCAAGGAGGCCGUGCGGCGGCAGAUCCGCUCCGCRCGGCAGGUAAUUGCCCUUGUGAUGGAUUCCUUCACAGAUAUUGAUAUCUUUGGUGACAUCCAGGAUGCCUAUAAGAACCGUAAAGUGCCAGUCUAUAUCCUUCUGGACCAGGACUUUCUCCCCCAUUUCUUGGAAAUGUGCGAGAAUUUAGGAGUCUGUCCUGAGCAGGAAAGUAUGCUGAGAGUUCGGACACUCACUGGAAACACGUACUACAUGAGGACAGGGGCCAAAAUUAUUGGGAAAGUCCAUGAGAAGUUCAUGUUAAUUGAUGGCAUCAGAGUGACAACGGGCUCUUACAGUUUCACAUGGACCGAUGGGAAACUGAACAGCAGUAACUUGUUGCUACUGUCAGGUCAAGUGGUUGAACACUUUGAUCUUGAGUUCAGGAUUCUCUAUGCCCAGUCAAAUCCUAUCAGUGCUAAACGGCCAUCAGGCCGCGGGGACAGUGGGAUAUUUGAUCACCUGGUGAUCAGAACAGAAUCAGCAAAAGAGUGCGCUACGGAAAGCAACCUGAGAGUAGAAUUUGCCRGAUUCUCUAGUACUCCAAAGAAGCUGUUGAAAGAAAUGGAUGUGGCUGAAGAUACUCCAGGAGAGAUGCUUGAUAACCUGGGACGUUCUGGCAUUGCUGAAGAGGAGUGGGUCAGYGACCUGGAGGCCCCGGUGGAACAGAAGAACGCGUCGACACAAACCAGCCYGUGGGAGGAGAAGCCUGUGGCCGUGCGUGACGUGGUCACGCAGACCAGCGUGGCAACGGUGGAAAGCAGCACUCAAACUAGCGUUGCUGCUAGAAUAACGGGCACGCAGACGUCAGUUCUGUUGAAGACGGCGGUGACGCAGACCAGGGAAGCACAGACCAAGGAAGGUGCACGUGCUGAGGUCCCACUGCUUCACCGACAGCUUUCCUCUGCCUCCGGGAAGUCCAUAUCCAGUCUGCGAUCACUGUCUUCAUCAUCAUCGCAAUGCUCCUUGGCCAGCUCUACCAGUUCYCUGUCUUCUCUUCGGUCCAUUGAGUAUCCCGCAGGGCCCAGGGCGGGAUAUUUCCAAAAGCUGCAUAAAGAGAGACAGUUUCACUACUCUACCAUCAGGUCGAGGCUUAGCCACAUGGUGGAUAUCCUGUCGCGGAGGGGACGCCUGCCUGAAAACUACCCGAGCCAGUACCCUGGAAGAUGCACUCUGAAACAGCGGCGCGACCUCAGUGCCAGCCUGMGAAGCCUCCGAGACGUUUCGCUCUUCUCCCUGAACAGAUGACGAUGGCUUAGCUGAACGUGGAGCACAAACUCCAGUCCUUUUGGUGCAGUCACUUUAUAUAUAUAUAUA